GUCAUAACAAAGCUCAAGAUCGAGAUACCUAUGGACCUUAGCUCCGUUCUCAGAACAGUGAAGAACCCAACUACUCGUCAGAAGGCUAGACUGGCAUAUGACAACCGCUGUCCGGCGAACGUUGCUAUCUUCAAGGAAGUUAUGCAACUCCGUCACGAAGCAGCGCUUUUGUUGGGUUACCCGAACCAUGCAGCGCUGAGCGUGGAGGACAAGAUGGCAGAAACACCGGAUAGGGUGAACAGCUUCUUGAGCUCUCUCCGCUUGAAGUUGACAGAGGCUGCGAAGAAGGACGUUGAGACCCUACUCCGACUUAAGAGGGGCAAUGUUGAGGCGAGGGGUGAAGAGUUUGAUGGGCACUACUUCACUUGGGACAAUCCAUACUACGACAACAUGCUCUUACAACAAGACUAUGCAGUGGACCAGGCGAAGAUAUCGGAGUACUUCCCAUUGCAGUCGACUGCGCAUGGGAUGCUCGGGAUCUUUGAGCAGCUGUUUGGUAUGGUGUUUCAUGAGAUCUUGGAUGAGGAGAGAGCUUCACUGUCUUCCACUGGGAAAGGAGAUGAUCUAGUCUGGCACCAUGAUGUACAGAUUUUCUCUGUCUGGGACAAAGAUGAAGAAGGCGGCGGAUUCCUGGGAAACCUCUAUCUGGACCUCUACAGCCGCGAUGGGAAAUAUUCAAACCCAUCCAAUUUCAGCGUCGUACCUGGGUAUGUCGAAGAGGAUGGAACCAAACACUACCCAUCUACAGCUCUGGUCUGCAACUUUCAGCACCCAAGCGCCUCAAAACCCACCCUCCUGCGUCAUACGGACGUCGUUGUUCUUUUCCACGAAUUGGGUCACGGCAUUCAUGACCUUGUAUCCCGCACCAAAUUCGCACGUUUUCAUGGGCCGAUGGGUACUGUUGUUGACUUUGGCGAGGCGCCGAGCCAAGUCCUGGAGAAUUGGUGCUGGACGCCCGAACAAAUCAUGUCUCUCAGUAACCACUACUCAUAUCUUUCUGGCGAUUACUUCAGUAACUGGAAGUCAAAGACGGGGAAGAAAGAAGGUCUCGUGCAGCCACCGAAGAGAUUGCCGCGAGCAAUGGUUCAAAGCCUUCUGAAAGCGAAGCAUGCGAACACGGCUCUGGGCACUCUGCAUCAGCUCUUCAUCGGAACUUUCGAUAUGGCUGUCCAUCAGCUCGACGAUUUCGAUGAGAAUCAGACUUUCACAGCGUUAUGGAAUCGUCUUCGAAGGGAGAUCGUCCCGACCGAGGACCUUUCCGCCUUGGGUGCCGGCGAUGAGUGGGGGCACGGAUACACCAACAUCGGUCACUUGAUGAACGAGUAUGACGCUGGGUUCUACAGCUACCUGUUUUCAAACGUUUAUGCGCAAGACAUCUUCUCGACCGUGUUCAAAAGCGAUCCCAUGAGUGUGGAAGCGGGUCGAAAGUAUCGAUACGCGGUGUUAGAGAAGGGUGGCAGCCAGCCGGAGAUGACUACUUUACAAGAUUUUCUUGGGAGGGAGGCGAAGAUGGAGGCCUUCUAUGAAGACUUGGGUUUUGCAUUAUGA